AUGCCUUCCGAGAACGAACGACCAACCGAUGAGAUGACGACCCUUCAAGCUCAAUGCACAGCCAAGUCAUUCCAUGAGCAGCUUUAUGAACACCAUAGGAGGGCGGCGACUACCCCGGAUAUAAUGGGCCAGAUUGUCAGACCUAAGCCAGUUCUGUACCAUCAGCAGAGCUACAUACGCCAUCGGUCUGGAUGCGUAUGUACCCUUCCUUCCUCACCAACACAAGAGUACAAACGCUUUGAGGGUGAAUACGAGACCGCAGAACAAUUCGCUCAGGAUUGGAACCCGGCAAAAUUCCCCAAAGCAAAAGAAUGGACAAACGACGAUUUUCGCUCAGCGAUACAGCACUGGACUUUUGAUCGCAAUAAGAAGAACACACCUGAAGCUAUUGAUGAAGCAGAAGCGGCACUGUAUGAUCCAAACAGCGGUUCCUGGGCUGGUAUGCAAGACAUCUACCUCUAUCCUUUCGUGGUAUUCUCGGAUGUUGACUAUCUUCAAGUACCCAUAAUCGCCGGAGCAGCAGGCACAGCAGCCCUAGCAGCCUACCUCAACGCGAAAUAUCAUAUUGCCCAUGACCUUAGGCGUAAACGCGGUGCUCUCUCGCCGACACAAGAUGUCCUCGACUUCAUCACCGACCGUGCAACUCGCAAACGUGCUCUCACGUACCACGCUUUCGAAGACCAGGUCCGCAGCCAGCCCAACCAUCCAUUCCUCAUCUUCGAAGGCAAAAUCUGGUCAUACAAGGAGUUCUUUGAUGCAUUCACCAGGGUGGGGAAUUGGUUGAUAGAGGACCUGGGCAUACAAGCUGAUGAGGUGGUUGCUGUGGAUGGCGGGAACAGCCCGGAGUAUCUGAUGCUCUGGUUUGCUCUCGAUGGGAUUGGAGCUGUUCCGAGCUUCGUCAACUGGAACCUCACUGGGACAGGAUUGGUGCAUUGCGCAAAGGCAAGUGUUAUUGGAACUGAAUUCCUCAUCGCAGACGCCGAUGUUAAGAGCAAUGUCGAGCCAUGCCGUGCGGAUCUCGAAGAGACCGGUAUAAAGAUCCAGUACUACGAUCCCUCAUUGUUCGCGUCGCUACCGAAUCCGACUCCUAUACCAGACUCGCGUCGCGAACACGUUACUGUAGAGUCCCUCCGCUCGCUGCUGUAUACUUCCGGAACGACCGGACUGCCCAAAGGCGUGACUUUGAGCACUGGUCGCGAGCUCUUGACUGGCUACAGUGCCGCCAAAUACCUCGAACUGAAACCGGCAUCCAGAAUGUACACAUGCAUGCCACUCUAUCACGGGGCUGCGCAUGGCCUUUGCGUUACACCGAUGGUUCAUUCUGGCGGUACAGUCGUAUUGAGCCGGAGGUUUUCGCACAAGACCUUCUGGCCUGAAGUCGCAGCUUCAGAUGCGGAUAUCAUUCAGUAUGUCGGCGAGCUCUGCAGGUAUCUACUCAACGGCCCGACGAAUGCAUUCGAGCGGAAACACAAAGUAAAGAUGGCAUGGGGCAACGGCAUGCGCCCUGACGUCUGGGAACUCUUUCGCGAGCGUUUCAACAUACCCAUCAUCAACGAAUUAUAUGCGGCUACCGAUGGAUUAGGGGCGACAUUCAAUCGCAACGCUGGUCCCUUCACGGCGAAUAGCAUAGGGCUCCGAGGGCUGAUCUGGAAUUGGCGGUUCGGCGACCAGGAAGUGAGGGUGAAGAUGGAUGUUGAUACGGAAGAGAUCAUGAGAGAUGCGAACGGAUUUGCAAUCAAAUGUGGAGUGAACGAGCCGGGCCAAGUGCUGCAUAGAUUAACACCGGAGACGGUGGCUACUUCACCAGGCUACUACAAGAACGAAGGUGCCACAGAGAAUAGGAGAAUUAGGGAUGUGUUUGAGAAGGGGGAUAUAUGGUUCAAGUCUGGAGACAUGAUGCGACAAGAUGCCGACGGCCGCGUCUUCUUCGUUGACCGUCUAGGCGAUACAUUCCGUUGGAAGUCAGAGAACGUAUCGACAAACGAAGUAGCCGACAUGCUCGGAAAGUUCCCACAGAUCGCUGAAACGAACGCAUACGGCGUCCUUGUGCCUGGCUACGACGGCCGAGCGGGGACUGCAUCUAUCGUUAUGGCAGAUGGAGUCACAGAGUCAACAUUCGACUUCGCGGCUUUGGCAAAGCACGCGAAAGCGGUCUUACCGAGUUAUGCAGUGCCGCUGUUUCUAAGAGUGACGCCUGCAUUAGAGUAUACGGGUACUUUAAAGAUUCAAAAGGGUAGAUUGAAGAAGGAGGGUGUUGAUCCGGAUAAGAUCACUGGAGAGGAUAGGCUGUACUGGCUACCGGAAGGUAGUGAUCGGUAUCUCCCAUUCACGAAGAAGGACUGGGAGGCUGUAGUAGAGAAGAGAGUACGGUUGUCAUAG